AUGGCGUUUCAGCUACUGAAGUUCGUACUUUGCCUUUUGCCAUUCACAGUGGAAGCUUUCAAGCCUCGAGCGCCCUCCACGACAGGUCGAAAAACAUGUACUGUAAUUGCCAAAGGCCAACAGCAAGACGAUGUACCUCAAAUUGUGCAGGCAUUCAACGAUUGCGGAAAUGGAGGGUUGGUCAUCUUUCCAGAGAACCAGACAUACUGGAUAGCAAGCAAAUUGAAUCUGGUUCUAAGCGAUGUGGUGAUAGAAUGGCGCGGACUCUGGCAAUAUUCGGACGACCUCGAUUAUUGGAGGAAUAACUCUUACCCUAUCGCCUUCCAGAACCACCAAGCCGGUUUUAUCCUGACCGGCGACGGCAUUCACAUAAAUGGCUAUGGCACAGGCGGAGUCCAUGGCAAUGGUGAUCUGUGGUACACGGCGGAGGCAGGCCACACACAACCUGGGAGGCCAAUGCCAUUCGUUCUGUGGAAUGUGUCGGAUGUAACAGUCAGUCGAUUUUCGAUUGUGCAGCCACAGCUCUGGUCGUUCAACAUUAUGAAUGGGACGAACAUUGCGGUCGAUCAUCUGUACUGCAAUGCGACAGCAACAAAGGCUCCCUGGGGCGAGAACUGGGUGCAGAACACGGAUGGGUUUGAUACGAUGGAUGUCAAGAACGUAUACUUGUCGAACUUGGUAUACCAGGGUGGAGACGACUGUAUAGCCAUCAAACCUCGGAGCUACGGGGUGACCGUGUCCAAUGUGACCUGUCGAGGUGGGAAUGGCAUCGCCAUAGGAAGCCUUGGACAGUAUCUAGAGGACUCUUCGGUUGAAAAUGUUGUGGUCGAGAAUGUGAAAAUCAUCCGGUACAACGAAGACAUGGAGAACGGUGCAUACAUCAAGACAUGGAUCGGCGAGCAAGCCCCCCAGUCAAGCUAUGAAAGUGCCGGUCUCCCCAGAGGUGGUGGCUGGGGAAAUGUUCGGAAUGUUCUUUUCAGCCAUUUUGAUAUUCAGGGUGCUAACCUGGCCGCGGCCAUCACGCAAAGUAGCGGGAACAAUGGCAGCUUUUCCGGGACUUCGAACAUGCUGGUGUCAAACAUUGCUUUCGAGAAUUUCACCGGUUGGACGAACACAUCGACGGCGAGCUCCGCGCGUAUCAUCGACAUUUCUUGCUCAGAAAGGCAUCCAUGCUACAACAUUGAUUUCAAGAAUUUCAAUGUUGCCUCGAAAACGAACAUGACAGAAACGGCAAGUACAACUUGCGAGUAUGUCGCCGCUGGGGGAAUUCAUGGGCAGAACUGCACCUCUCCGUGA